AUGUCGACAAAGCUGCAAAAAGAAGAUUUGAAUUGGAAGACGGAACAGGAGAUUGGGAGCCUUGCUUUCAAUGAAAAAAUAUCCAAGCUACUGGAAGACGUAGAGGAGAGAGGUGCAACAUUGUUCUCGUUCUGUCGAGAUCCAGUGCUGCGCUUCUUAAGUUCAUUGGGGCAGCUGCUGUCUAUGCCUCAGCGGCACCGCAAGUUGGCUCCAUGUCACUUGCAUCGAAGAUCUGCUAGAAAACUCGUUUCUUGUGUUUUGGACAAGAUGACCGACGGCGGAGACUAUAGAAACUAUUUGGACCCCCAUUUCAUGCCACAAGUUUAUGAGUUGUAUUCGGCAGUGCAAGGAAAGUCAGAGAUUGGAAUCCAACUUUUUGCCUUGUCCAGUUUGGAUCAAUUGCAGCGAUCUUGUAGUAUCCAUGAAGGCUCCAGCAACCCUUCGCGAUAUAGGGUAGCCCAACAUGUGACUGGGUUUUCAAAGUUGUCGGUUCGCUCCUUGACUCCCCACUUGAUCGAUCGAAUCUGCCAAGUCUACGUGAUGGAUGUCCUCUUUCUUCAAUCAUUGGGCGAACUGGAAAGUACUAUUUGUCGGCGGAGUUAA